UCUCAAAAAAGACAAAAAUAAAUAAAUAAAAGAAUACCUCCCCAAAAAUGAUACAAGAAAAGAUUCACCUAAAUCUGUUCACAGCUGUCUGCAGAGCUCCUACUGUGUGCUGAACCUGAGGGUACACAGGGUACGGACACGUUUGGAAGGUGAUUACAGGCCAGGUUUCCACACUUUUUGGUCCAGGCAAACCCAGACGAGCCAGCUGGCUCAAGGACUUGGCAGCUGCGCUAUGACUGAACAGAGCCUACGUUCGAACCCACGGCUGCAAGACUUAGGAGCCCACGACGGGAUCUGCCGUGGUUCACUGCCCCAGGGAGUACUGAAUGAACGACAGAGGGCGUGGCCCCGAGCAUCCGCCGCUGAACUGCCCCGCCCUGGCCUGCGACAUCCUCCCACCCGCAUGGACUGCGCUGCAGCGCCGCCCAGCGGGGAGCCCCAGUUCGGUGCCAGCGCCCGCGCCAGCGAAGCGGAGGAGGCCGGCGCCCUAGGCGGGGCAAAAUUCCUCCCAGCGCAGCGAGGACCGGAGGGCAAGGCCAGCGCGCGCCGGCGGGCUUGCGUCCGGGGCACAGACGCGACGGGCCCGCACGGGGCGGGGACCGCGCGCGCGGCUGCUGGGCCUGCGGCUGUGGGGCGGCGAAGAGCGCUGGCGACCACUGAAGAUCCUGGGGGCCUUCGGGGUCCGGGCUGCGCCUGUGCCCGCGGGAAGGCCGGGCGCUGCCCACACACAGCCCCUGCUCCAGGCCAGCCCCGCAGGGAGACUACCGGGGCGGUGGUAGGUGGGCGGGGCCGGGUCGGGGGCUGCCGUGGGCUGCCGACAGGCAGCGCGCAGGGCAGCCCUCGGCAGACGGCCAAUGGCGGCGGCGCUCUGGGCGCGGGGGGCGACUCGGCGCUUGUUGGCGGCGCUGCAAGGCCAGAGCCUACGGCUCGCGGCUGUGGCAUUUGGCUUUAUGUCCCGAGUUGCCCUACAAGCAGAGAAGAUGAAUCAUCACCCAGAAUGGUUCAAUGUAUACAACAAGGUCCAGAUAACUCUCACCUCACAUGACUGUGGUGGAGUGACCAAAAGAGAUGUGAAACUGGCCACGUUUAUUGAAAAAGCAGCUUUUUCUGUGUGAUUUGUUCCAAAAUACAUGUAAAAUCUUGUACACAUCUUAGCUGCAAUGUAUGUUGAAGGAAAUUUAUGUGAACAAAGUUGUUCUUUUUGUUUUUUUUUUCCCAGACAGAGUCUUGCUCUGUUGCCCAGGCUGGAGUGCAGUGGCCUGAUAUCAGCUCACUGUAACCUCCACCUCCCGGGUUCAGGCUAUUCUCCUGCCUCAGCCUCUUUAGUAGCUGGGAUUACAGGCAUGCACCACCACGCCUGGCUAAUUUUUGUAUUUUUAGUAUAGACGGGGUUUCACCAUGUUGGUCAGGCUGGUCUCGAACUCCUGACCUCGUGAUCCACCCACCUCGGCCUCCCAAAGUGCUGGGAUUACAGGCGUGAGCCACCACGCCUGGCUGUUGAGUUGUUCUUAAGGCAUCAUAUCUAGAAGCAAAAAAAAAAAAAAAAAAGAAAAAUAACAAUUUAUGUUGUGUGAAUUUAGUUUGCCUUUAUAUAUUACAUUUGGUAAAAUCAGUGCUUAAAUAUGCAAUGAUUUAAACU